AAGUCCAUUCUGAUUUUGGGGAUUUCCGAGCUUUGUUUGAAAUUGAUGGUGAAGCAUGAAGCUUGUAGGGGUCCUGGUAUGUCUUCUGUUCUGGACAGUGAGAGAGGGUGAGGCCAGACCACCCUGUAAUUACCCUCCUGCUCAAUGGUGCAGCUCACUCGAAAUUGCAACUGCCUGUCAGGUGGAACACCAGUGCAUGGAAUACCAACGAAAGAAAGAUGCUGAUCCGGUUAUGAUCAGCUUGUACUAUGAAAGUCUCUGUGGAGCAUGUCGUGGCUUUCUUGUGUUACAGCUUUUUCCCACCUGGCUGAUGCUGAAUGACAUAAUGAAUGUCACGUUAGUCCCGUACGGAAAUGCGCUGGAGAGGUGCCUCCAGGUCUAUGAGCCCUUACUGCCCUGGGACAACAUUGAAAACUGUGUUAAUGGUGACCUUGGAAAUAAACUGAUGCAUCACAAUGCAGAACUAACGAGAGCGCUGAAUCCACCCCAUGACUAUGUUCCAUGGAUCCUGGUCAAUGGAAAGCACACUGAAGAUUUGGAGGAUGAGGCUAUGAAUUCACUCUUCAAUCUCAUUUGCAACACUUAUUCGGGUGUGAAGCCAAAGGCUUGUGCAAAACCUAAAGGAUUAAACUCAUUUCCUAAAUGUAUGAUCUAAUCGUGGCUGUAUUAUGACUUCAAUAAAACUCCAUCUCUCUGGAAGCAAUGAUGCAUGUUAUUACCUGGAAGGCCAGGAGUAAUCUUUGCUGUGAAAUGCUUGAAAGUGGCUGAGGAACAUUGAUUAUAACUACUUGGGUUUUCUACUGAACUUUUCUGGAGUACCCCUGGCUCUCAUGAGCUGCCGAACAAACAAGAAGAUCUGCGAAUCCCUACAGUGUGGAAACAGGCCCUACAGCCCUACAAGUCCACAGCGACCCUCCGAAGACUAUCACACUGAAACCCAUUCCCCAUUAUCCUACAUUUAC